CUUUCACCAACAGCCCCUUUAUCCCUAGCAUAUACCCUCGCUGACAGGCAGUCAUCUCCGUCCGGACAUGGACGAGUCCAUUCCAAGGCCGGCGAGACAUCGCCCAGCGCCCAUGCUGCCAGCAGAGUCGUCGACAUCGCAGCAGCAUGACUUCUACCGAGAUGCUGCAGUCGAUGAGCUAUGCAGACUCGACACUUUCGAAGGCGCUUACGACUCAAAGGAUUUCCUCGCUGGCCUAUCAGAUCGCCUCAUAGCCAGAUCAAGAGCAGAUCCAGGGCCCUUCAACCCAAAUCCCUUCAUUCGCACAUUUGAGACGGCCAUCCAACGAUUGCAGGGGUUGCGCACCCAGCUCCAAGAUCAACAGACGACAUUAGCCUCAUCGGUGCAGGUCGCGCAAUCAGCCUACUCAUCAAAGCUUCAUGAGAUUGCCUCUCACUUCACUUCGGUCUCGCAGUCGUUUUCCUCGCUCGAGUCAAGAUUCGGUGAAGUGAGCCGGACAGCCAUCACCAUCGGCGAGCAGCUGGAGAACAUCCAUCGACAGCGACAGCGCGCCCUCGAGGCUCACGACCUCAUCGAACAUUACUACGCCUUUGCGCGCGGCGAUACGAGCAAGCUCGAUCGACUGCGCAAGGAAGGAGGGAGAGAAGGGAGACUAAAGACUGCCAUCAUCGCCCGCCGCUUAGGCGUCAUCAGCCGCGAGGUCGACGUUCCCGGAGCAGAGCAGAUUAGGGAGACGGUGGAUCGCUACAAUGAGCGCUUCGAGCGUGAUAUGCUCAAGCUCUUUGAUCGCUUCUACCGCAAGGGAGAUCCAAAGAUGAUGUCGCACAUCGCGAAAGUGUUACAGAACUUCAAUGGCGGGCAAAGCUGCGUGCAGAUCUACGUCAAUCAGCACGACUUCUUCAUUAGUAAGGAUAGGGUGGGCGAAGCCACGCGAGUGGAGAGCAGUAACAUCUGGAAGACACUCGCCGACCCAGACGCCUUACCUCCUACUACGGAGAAGAACCUGGCUGACCUUUUCUCCGAGAUCCGCCAAGUUGUUGAGCAAGAAGCGCAGAUUAUCGCUGCAGUCUUCCCCAAUCCGCUGAUGGUCAUGACAACAUUCUUGCAGCGUGUCUUUGCCCAGUCCGUGCAAGGCCACAUCGAGGUGCUGAUGAACAAGGCUGCGGAGAUCGGCGGCGCCAAAGCGAGUAGCUCAGAUGCUCACUCCCUCGGUGGCGCCACCUCGCCGCAGAGCGACCUCGCCUUCCUGCGCGUGCUACAGAUGGCGAGAAGUAUGGCCCUCGCUCUCAUCGCUGACAUCAAGGUGUACGACUUUCGCGGCCCAGGAGGCGGACCCUCGCGAGGAGAUGCGAGCCCCUCGCUGCUAGCAGAUGGUCCCUUCGGAUCCACCACCAGUAACAUGAUCGAGUCGGGGCCACACACCAGCAACUCUCUGAGUGCCAUGCUCGAGGGUGCGGUCGAGGAGAUCUUUAUGCCGUACAUGGAGGGCACGGCCUACCUGGAGCGCGAGACCAAGAGUCUGACAGAGCUCUAUGCUGCUUACUUGGCACGCUUCACGGCUCUCCAUCGGUCGUCGGGAAAGACCAAGGGAGCGGGUACGACCAUCUUCGACAGAGUACGAGCGGCCGCGGGAGGUUCGAACAGUCCUGGCCCUUCUGGGUCUGCAUCCUCCUCCUCAUCGACCAUCGUGGGCUCAUCGAGUUCCUCGACAGCAGCAGCGAGUGCCACGUCGAACACAUCGGCUUUCUCGAAGAUAUCCGGUUUUGUGGGUCGAGCAAGAGGUGCUCAACAACCAGCAGCAGCUACAACUACAGCGGCACCAGGCCCAGUUUCUGGCGACGCGUCGCAAGACUCGACAGGCAAUGCAAGUAUAGAUGCCAUGACGCCUGUGGGCGGAGAAGAGGACAGCGGUCUCGAAGGUGACCUUUCUCUCGGAGUAGCCGAACGCAUGCUCCGCUGGCACGCCGAAGCCAUAGGUCGUUGCGUCGAUCUGAGCAAGGCGAGCGAUGUAGGCAAGAAUGCGUUCAGCCUUCUCAAGGUGCUAGCAGAGGCCUUCUUGAAGUCAUACGUCGAGACGGCACUCGACUCCACUACCACUCUGGUCGCAGCGCAGGACACCCGCUCAGCGCAGAUGCCAGACCUGAGCCCGCUCCGCAUCGUGCGGCAGGUAGACCUGGUCACCAGCCUUUGGCAGCACUACAUUCACGUCGCCUUGCUUCCUCUUGUGAGCAACUCCGUCACCAUGAGGAGGGAAAUGGCCAUCUUCAACAACCACAAUCUUCUUCGCGUUGAAGGCAAAUGCGACGCCCUUGUGCAGCGCUUGGUAGAUAACCUCUUGGCGCAUCUAUCAGGCAGGCUGGCGACGCAGAAGAAGAACGACUUCGCGCCCAAGAAUGAUGAGUUCGCCAUGUCGCGCAUGAAUACCGACGCAUGCUUGUCAUGCUGCGAUGCGCUUGCUCGAGCGGCCAGCGUGGUUCACUCCAUCUUUCCCUCUUCAUCGGCUGCACCAACGAUGACAGAAGGAGACGGCGGUGAUCGCGGCACGGUCUCGAGCGUUCCGACCAAGAACCCGAACGCGGAGAACGUUCUCCUCGAGGUCGGGCUAGCAUUCCACGCUCAACUGCUCGACCACUUCAAGAAGUUCACAGUGACCGCUGCAGGCGGCCUGAUGCUCAAUCAAGACCUCGCCGCCUACCAGGAAGCAGCCUCCAAGCUGCAGCUCGGCCCCCUUCUGGCCGAUCGCUUUGAUAUGCUGCGCUCCCUGGGCAAUCUGUUCAUCGUCCAGCCAUCGGUAUUGCGCGGCUAUAUGAAGGAGGGGAACCUAGGCAAGGUGGAUGAGAAGCUCUUGCAAGGCUUCUUGGUAAGGAGGAGCGACUACGCCAAGGAUGUGAGAGACUUGGCCCUCGGGCCAGCACUGGUCGUUGAUGCGAGUGCGACGAAUUCGACGGCGGGGACCGGACAGAUGGGAAAUGUGGCGGGUGAGGGUGAUCAGGGUAGACUAGAGAGGAUGCUCCUCGAUUUGGAGCGCUACGCCGCCGGGAGCGUGACGAGCGAGCCUGUGGCCGCUGGCGGGUCAUAGUCUGCGGGCGUGGCAUGUGUGUGUGUACUUGUACUUGAUGACGACGACGACGACGUAGAACGUGAAGCUGGUCAAUAUAUCAUCCUCACGCUGCGCACCUUGCUCGUAGACUCGUGCGAAUGGGGUAUCAAUUAUCUCUCCUGUCGUACUCUAGCUACUCUUGAUCACAGAAUCACCCUAUCCACUCCCAUCGACCUUCUUACCUGCAGCACGGCAGCCA